AUUUUUCAAUUUACAAAGGUGGGUUUAAACAAACAAAGGCUAGGGUUUUAGUCUUUUAAGCCACUCCCUGUUCUUUCUUCGUUUUUUGUUACCGUUAUAGCGUCAAAGAGAAAAAUUGAAGAUCGUUUCUCUCUCUCUUCACAAUCCUCAAAUCUCCUUCCUUAGUUCAAGAAAGAGAUGGGGAGUUCAAUAGCUUCGCAGUUACAGGCGAUUAAAUCGUUUAUCCAAGCCGACUCCGAACCUCAAAAGCGACCUUUCACUCGCCCUUCCAUUCUGUUUAACCCCAAAGAAGCCGCCGACAUCGACAUCGAUACGAUUCUAAACAUCGCAUGGUCAGGGCUAGAGGUUUUGGGAGGCGUGGACGAAAGAUUUAGAGACUACAAAAACUAUUUGUUCAGUCACAGGAGUAAAGAAUUGGAUAGAGAAUUAAUGGGAGUAGAUGAUAAUAAUCAAAUUAAUGCUUCGGUAAGUUCGUAUUUGCGGUUACUCUCGGGGCAUCUUCAACUUCCUGCAUCUCUUAAAACACUUGAGUACUUGAUACGUCGAUACAAGAUUCAUGUUUACAAUAUUGAGGAUUUCGUUCUAUGUGUGCUGCCAUACCAUGACACGCAUGCUUUUGUUCGUAUGGUUCAGUUAAUCAACGCAGGGAAUAGUAAAUGGAAAUUUUUGGAUGGUGUAAAAGUCUCCGGUGCGCCACUUCCUAGGUCUGUCAUAGUGCAACAAUGCAUUCGAGAUAUGGGGGUUUUGGAGGCCUUGUGCAACUAUGCAUCUGCAACAAAGAAGUUUCAGGCUUCAAGACCUGUGAUUAGCUUUUGUACGGCCGUUAUUAUUGAGGUUUUGGGUUGUGUUGCAACUAUUGAAAGUGACAUUGUGAAGAGAAUCCAUCCUUUUGUAGCUUCUGGUCUUCAUACUGGUACAAAAGGAGGUUCUGAUCAAAAGGCUGGUGCUUUGAUGAUUGUCGGAUUACUAGCAAAUAAAGCAGCAUUGUCUCCCAAACUUAUAAAUAGUUUGAUUCGAACAGUUGCUGAUGUUGCUAGGGAAGAUGUAAAAGAGUCAACUGAUUUGCAAUGGUUUCGGUUGUCACUUAUGGCAAUAAUAAAUCUUGUUCAGUCACAGUCUGUUGAUACAUUCCCAAAGAAGGCAUUGGAAAUUUUAAGGGAUAUCGGGGAUAUUGCUGGGAUUCUUCUGGAACUAUCUAAAGAUUUUAAUAUUGAUAGAUUCCUUGCUAUACUGUUGGAAGCACUGGUUGAUCAAAGUUCUUCUGAUGACUCAUAUCAUGUUGCUUUAAUAUCAAUAAUAGAUAAAAUUCCACUGAGGAAUUUAGUGGAUCUUAUUGUCUCAAAAAUUCUACUAUCCUGCCUAAAAUUAUCUGAGAGGGAUGGCAAUUUGGCAUCCUCUGAAUCAGGAACCUGGGCCAAGAAGGUUUUAGCUGCUAUUAAUACGAAUUAUCCAUCUCAAUUUCAAGGAGCAGUUCUAAAGUUCCUAGAAGAUACUAAAGUACAAUCCAAGAAAGAGCACAAAGUGUGUGAGUUCUUGAGCAAAAUAUUGGAUGGGAAUUUGGAUUUACCAGUCUUCGCAGAGUCCAAAAUAUGGUUUUCAUCACACCAUCCAAAGCCCGAGGUUCGACGUGCUACAUUUUCAGGGCUAAACCGAUCUGUUAUUCUGAAAAUUAAGUCCCUUGAUGCAAAGAGGCUUGUAACCAUUAAGGAUGCUGUAUUGCGCCAGCUUCAUGAUGAUGAUUUAACUGUUGUUCGUGCUGCUCUUUCUUUGGAUGGAUUGACUGAAAUAAUAAGUCCUUUAGAUCUUCUUGAAGCAUUGCGUGAUGUGCUUAAGAGAUGUCUAAGCUUAAUGACUUCAGGUUCAUCAGUUAAUUCUACUUUAUCUUGUGACGUUGCUGUUUCAUUCCUAAAGAUUGCUGUGUCCAGCUUCCAUGAUCAGCUAGAUUAUUCGAAAGAAGUUGCUUCUAUGAUAUUCCCGCUACUACUAAUUCUGUCAGAGACUCAGAGGUUGAGCUUAAAGGUUUUGGAUUUAGCCAAGGAAAUAAAGUGGCCACUUUUCCAGACUCUUGCAUCUGUGCCUGACAAGGAGGCGAAAUUGCUUUCUGGAUCUUCAGUUGGUGAGGAGGCUGUUAGCAGAUUUGAAAAGAAAAUGCAGAAGCGUGGAAAUACAUCUACGGUUAAUGUAGAAAUUGUUAGAAGUUUAUCAGAAGAAUUCUUGAGGCACCCUAAUGAGUACAUGCCUUGGCUCACCGAAAGUUGCAGUGAUUUGAAGUCAUCAAAGACUCUUUUCUUUUUGGUUCUGAUGCAGUCAUUUUCAAUGUCCAAAAAUAAUGGCAAAUUUUUGGUGCUUUUCGAAGCUUGCUUUCCAGUUCUGAAGUCUGAGUGGGAAGCUUUUGGCUCUGUAAUUGAUGUUUCCGUACAAGAGUUCAAUGAAGAGAUGCUUGAUUGGGAUUGCAGAAAGUUCCUAGAUCAGCUGUUUGUUGCUGAUAUUUAUUCACUGAAUGCAUGUAUCCUUAUAUGCAUAUUUUGGAGGUUACUUGAGGCAUUUAUUUCAACAUCCUCUACUGAAGUCUUUUUGGAUGAUAGUGAGGUAAUUAACAGAGUUCAGGAUUUCUUCAUCUUUGUUGCGGUUUCUAGUUUGAAGAAUGCAUUCAAGAAACACCUUAAAGAACUUGUUGAGAAACAUCUUCCUGACUUUCUUACAAAGUACAAGAUUUCACCAGUUCGAUUUCUGUCUAGCUUUUUUACAGAUGAGGAUGUUCCUGUUGCAGUUCAAGUGGAGAGUCUUCAUUGUUUCUCAUUUCUUUGUUCUCAGCAAGAUGAUAGACUACCAUUUGAACUAUUGGCUGAAUUUCCCUCACUUCUUGUUCCAAUCGCUAGUGAGAAUCAGGCUACUAGGAUUGCUGCCAUGGACUGUAUUGAAAAGCUACAUAAAUUAUGGUGUCAAGUUGAUUUUUCUAGCAAGAAAAAUGGAAACACUGCAAUUUGGAGCCAUUUUCUUGAUGAACUGUUGGGAUUGAUGGUUCAACAAAAGAGGCUUAUAUUGUCAGACAAAAAUUUCCUCCCUUCUUUUUUGACAUGUUUGCUUAGCUCAUCCUGUGAUAGCAUUUUAGUGUCUCCGAACAUUGAGCAGAGAUUUGAUCAAUCCACAAAGGAGAAGAUGCUUGCUUUCAUAUUGAGUUCUGCUCUAAAGCUUUCUGAAUCUGGCAAGCUAAAGGUUCUAUCUUUGCUCAAAGGAUUAGGCAAUGCAAUAUUUCUUGUUAAAGAGGUUGAGUCGUUGUUAUCUCUGCUUCUGGGAAAACACAGUAAAUGCUAUUUUGACCUGGAAAAGUUAUCUGAGAAAUUGUCAGAAACUGAAAUCAGGAUUCUUUGCUUGCUUUUGGAGAUGUGUACUAUGCCCUCAUCGUCUAUUGGUGGACAAAUUUCUGAAGAUCAUGUGUUCAAGGCAUUGCAAUUGGAUUCUAAGUCUCCGGAAGACCCUGCCAUUACAGAACCCUGUGUUAUGGUUUUGCAAAAGCUAAACAGUGAAUUCUACAGUGGCUUGUCAACUGAGUCACAGGGUCAUCUCUUUCGACAGCUAGUAUGUUUGUUUCGGAACAGUAAUGCUGAUAUUCAGAGUGCAACCAGAGAUGCUUUGCUGCGUUUAAAUAUUGCUUCAUCUACAGUAGGUCAGAUGCUUGAUCUUGCAUUGAAAGAGGAUCCACUUGUAAAUGGUUCAGCUUAUGGAAAGAAGAGAAAGAAAUCAGCUGAGAAUUUAAAGCCUGAUUAUCACUAUGAUGUAGUUUCGAAAGGAGAACAGGCACUUUAUUUUCUUUGCUCCCUUCUGGAUGUGUUACUUUUGAAGAAAGACAUAGCAAACAGGCUGUCUCUUGUGGGUCCCUUAUUUAAGCUUCUUGGAAAAGUUUUCUCUGAUGAAUGGGGACACGGUGCUCUCACUCAAGAUGAAAGGUGGAUACAAACUUCUGGUACUCCUCAGUCAAUGUCUACUGCUAUGUGUUAUGUUCAACAGACAUUAUUGUUAAUUCUGGAAGAUGUUUUUGAUUCAUUCAUGAAUUCAAAUACUCACCUAAAGGAUGACAUAAUAAAUAAAAUUGAUGUCAAAUUGUUGGUUGAUUGUGCUCGUUUUACCAAGGAUGGAGUAACCCGUAACCAUGUUUUUAGACUGUUAUCUUCGGUGGCAAAGUUAGUUCCAAAUAGAAUAUUGGAGCACAUACUGGAUAUACUUGUUGUCAUUGGAGAAUCAGCAGUUUCACAGAUUGAUAGCCAUUCGCAACAUGUGUUUGAAGAUCUUCUAUCUGCCAUUGUUCCUGGUUGGCUGUCUAAGACCAACAAUAUUGAAAAAUUACUUCAGAUUUUUAUAAAUGUAUUUCCUCAAGUUGCUGAGCAUAGAAGGCUGUCAAUUGUUGUAUUCCUAUUGAGGAUUUUGGGGGAGAGUAAUAGUUUGGCUUCAUUCCUUGUUCUCCUUUUCCGUUUGUUAGUAUCACGAAAAGGACUGUCUUGCCUUAAAAUGUACACGUCAGAUAGUAUUUUGUAUUCUGCGCGGAAAGACUGGGAGUAUGCCUUUGCAGUGCAAAUAUGUGGGCAGUACUCAUGCCUGAUAUGGCUUCCUUCUCUAGUAAUGAUUCUUCAAUUAAUGGGACAGGAUGAUCUCUCUCAAGAACUGGGUAUGCAAUUGUUGUUUGCUAUGGAUUUUGUUUUGAACAAAUUGCAAGACCCAGAAUUUGCAUUGAAGCUUGAAUCAAGGGAGAAUUCAGAUAUCAUCCAGAGAAAACUUGGAGAACUUAUGGAGCAGGUUGUCUCUCUUUUACAACUUGUUGAUGUGAGAAGAAAGCAAAUAGGUAUUCCAGUUGCAAUUUGGAAAGAAUUUAAGGCAUGUGUGCACGCUAUCUUGAAGACUAUUAUAAUGAGCAUGAUGCCUUCUGCAUGCUUUGCAUGCAUCAGUAAAUUACUUGGCAAUGCGGAUAGCAGUGUGAGAAAGAAGGCUCUUGGGAUAUUAUGUGAAACAGUGAAGAAGCAUGACUCAGUUAAAUCAAAGCGCAAGGAAAAAAGAAAUCCAGACCUGAAUUCAAAUAGCUAUGAGCUCCAUUUGGAUGGUACUGCUGUGGAAUGUUUUCAGAAGAUGUGUGCAGAAAUUGUUCAGAUAGUUGAUUUUAGUGAAGAAUCAAAUGAUUCGUUGAAACUGGCUGCACUUUCAACACUUGAAAUCCUGGCACAGAGGUUUUCUAAUUAUUCAGUCUUUAGCAUGUGCCUUGCAUCAGUUACAAAAGGCAUUAGUUCAGAGAACUUGGCUGUCUCUUCCAGCUGCCUGAGGACAACUUGUGCUUUGGUUAAUGUUCUAGGACCUAGGGCACUGGCUGAGCUUCCUUGUAUAAUGGAAAAUGUUAUAAAGAAGUCUCGUGAAAUUUCUCUGAGUUCCGAUUUAGAAAGCAGAAGUGAUGAAAAUACUUCCAUUGCGCUGUCUAUUCUUUUCACAUUGGAGGCAGUUGUUGACAAGCUUGGUGGCUUUUUAAACCCGUAUCUUGGAGAUAUCAUAGAACUUAUGGUGCUUCGUCCUGCAUAUGUGUCAGGAUCAGAUCUAAAGCUGAAAAUGAGAGCUGAUUUAGUGCGAAAGCUCUUGACUGAUAAGAUCCCUGUUCGACUUAGUCUGCAGCCUUUGCUGAAAGUAUACUCAGGUGCCGUUAAAUCUGGAGAUUCAAGCUUGGUGAUUGCUUUUGAAAUGUUAGCAGACCUAGUUAGUAAACUGGAUAGAGCAUCAGUUAGUGGUUACCAUGGAAAGAUUUUUGACCAAUGUAUGCUGGCUCUCGAUCUUCGCCGACAGCACCCUGUUACAGUUCAAACUGUUGAUGUUGUAGAAAAAAGUGUCAUCAAUGCAAUAAUCUCACUUACAAUGAAACUUACAGAGAAUAUGUUUAAACCUCUUUUUGCCAAGAGUAUCGAGUGGGUUGAGACAGAGGCUCAAGAUGUUGCUGGUAGUGGAAGCAUAAAUAUUGAUAGGGCUAUAUCAUUCUAUAGCCUGGUAAAUAAACUUGUGGAGAAUCAUAGGUCUUUAUUUGUCCCCUACUUCAAGUACUUGGUCAAGGGUUGUAUACAGCUGCUUAAUGAUUCUGGAGAUUUUAAAGCUUCUAAUUUAGUUUGGAAGAAGAAAAAACCGAAGGUUCAGGAGAACGGGAAUUUGGGAAACAGUGUCUUAUCACUUAAAAGCUGGCAUCUUAGGGCAUUGAUCUUAUCAUCACUACACAAAUGUUUUCUCCAUGACACUGGGAGACAAAAGUUUCUCGACUCAUCAAAUUUUCAGGUUUUAUUGAAACCCAUUGCUUCUCAGCUUGUCAUUGAGCCACCAACUUCAAUUGAAGAACAUCCAGAUAUACCGUCAGUGAAGGAAGUAGAUGACUUGUUAGUCGUUUGCAUUGGUCAGAUGGCUGUUACUGCCGGAACUGACCUCCUGUGGAAGCCCCUGAACCACGAGGUGUUGAUGCAAACCCGGAGUGAGAAGAUGCGAGCACGAGUUGUAGGCCUGAGAAUAGUGAAGCAGUUUCUGGAUAAUCUGAAAGAAGAAUAUUUGGUACUCCUAGCUGAAACCAUCCCAUUCCUUGGUGAAUUGCUGGAGGAUGCGGAGUUACCCGUUAAAUCUUUGGCACAAGAUAUUGUGAAGGAGAUGGAGACCAUGAGCGGUGAAAGCCUUCAUCAAUACCUCUGAUGUUUGUGUAUGACAUACUAGGACAUGAUACAUUAUCCGGGAAAACGAAGGGUUGAUGCAAAGCCAGUGAGUUUCUUCUUCCAACAGGAAGUGUAAAUUUUAGGUUUAAAAAGAGUUUAGGUCAAGCAAUGGCCCUAAGCUUGGAUGUUUAGAGCAAGGGCUGCCAAAUUUUGUAUGCCUUGGCCAACGUUAUUUAAUAUAUAUCCCAGUUGUAAAAUUAUGCCCGUAUGUUUCUCUC